GAGAAUCACGAUGGGCACGUGGAUGGCAUUGGUUCAUCAUCAAGACGACAUACGAAGCGCGCCCGCGCAAGCGUCUUUCUUGUCAUAUUGUUGGCCGAGGUCACGAUCAGGCUGACUGAAUAGUCAUCCUUCCUCAGUCCCGUCUGAUCCACCCUUUUCUGCAGUAUAUAAGCCUGCAGUCCAACUCGUCAGUAACCGCCAUCAGCUCGCAAGCUCGACGUCACCUUCGCCCUCCUAGUCUUCACCCGUACGAUGUCCAAGCCCGCCGUCCUCUAUGUCUUCGGCUUGUCCGUCUGGUCAGCCGUACCCGAGCUUGCUGUCGAGGAGCUCGGGUACAAUGAGGGUUCUGUUGAGAAGAAAGUCGUGAACCUCGUCGAGGGCGAGAACUUCACGCCGGAGUUUCUUGCGAUUAACCCAAAGGCCACCCUACCCACCUUGCAGGCAGAUGGCGAGGUCUUCACGGACACUGAGUCCGUCACGCACUGGCUCGUGAAGCACGCGCCAAAGAAGGUUGCAUCAGGCACCUCGUUCAUCGCCAAGAUUCACGAGGACAAGUACGACCCGAACUUCCCCCUGCUCCUCGUGCGGAAUGAAGACGAACUCAAGGCCGCAGCGGACGGCUUUCCCAAGGUCUUCGUAGAGAACCGCCAGAAUGCGCUCGAGAAGCACUCCAAGACGGAGAAAGCCGCGCCGUUCAAGCAGUUCUACGAAGAGAAGAUCGCGGGCAACGGCGGUAUCCUCGCCAUCUAUAAGGGCGAGGCGUCUCCGGAUGACUUCUACAAGCAAUCCGAGGCCCACUGGAAGACGAUCUCCGACUUCAUCUCAAAUGAGCUGCCCACCAUCCUUCCCGACAGCGGGUUUCUGGGAGGUGCCACGCCGGGAGAGGACGAUUUCCACCUGGGUGCCUGGCUUGCACGCUUGGUACAUGUGAGUGGCGGCAAGAACGAGAAGGAGGGAUACAAGGCGCUUGAGAAGGAAACGAAGCAGACUAUCCCACCGAAGGUCGCCACAUACUGGGCUGCAUGGUCGGAGAGACCCAGCUGGAACAAGGUUUACACGGAUGGCCUGCACUAGUAGGAACCCCUCCCAGACGAGCUACAAUGCAUGCCAGAUUGUAUUGUUGGACACUCACAACGGCUACGUAUCUUCCCCUGCCCGUACUUCUUUGUAUUAUGCAUCGCAUGCCCGUUACCGAUGUAGGUUCUGAUGAGGCUCUGGAGUUCCCAUUGAAUGCAAGCGGAGUCUGCGCGUUGCCUAUAGUCAUACGCAUGGUAAAGGCCUCAGACCAACGGCCCAUCGGGACUGGCAGCAUUGGGACUUGUAUGCCAUCAUGUCGGUCGGAGACUCUUUGAAUCUUGACCAGGGCGCCUGACAAGAGACCUGUAGAAA